AUGUUAGCCACUACAGCCGUAGACAAUGACCAAAACCAAGUAGCCGAACCUCCACUGUUACCUUUAUUCCCAGACCAACAGAUGCAAGAACCUGAUCAAGAAAAUCCAUUUCCUGAUGUAGACCCUUAUGAGAUUCCCAGGAUUCCCCCACUAAACCCCAUAGCCCAGUACACCGACCUUAACCCUUUAGACCCCUUUUGGAGCAGCGAAUGGUGGACACAGAGUGUGAUAAGAAACCCAUACCCUAACCGUCAACCUAUCCCUCAACACCCUGAUCCUGUACCAGCACCCAUGCCACCUAUGAGCCAGGAAAAUUUGGAGAAACUUCGCUCAUUAGGUGAUGAAUUAGUAGAAGAAGGAAAUAGAAUACGAAUAAUAAGAGAGAAACUUAUGUGGAAACAGGUCGUGCGUGACAUACUUGAUUGGAUCCAUAACUAG